AUGACUUAGAUAUCAUCACUUUUCAACAAGAAUUCUCAAAGAACUUCAAGCUAGCAAUAACCAUCCUAAGUUACUAAUUAAUUGCCUUAAACAGCUUAAACAUUAAAGAUAUAAUCUUCAGCAACAAAGGUAUAAAUAAACAUAGAAUAGCAAUAAAAGUCAGGGCAAUAAAUUACAGAGCUUAAUGAGUUAAUUGCAUAAUCAAGUGAGAUACUAGCACAUUAAGAUACUUUGGCCAAUGAAACUUUGCAACUAAUACAGAGGAUUGAAGUUAAUAAAGGCCAGGUAAUGGCUAAUACCAAGGAUUUUUAGGUAUCAUGUAUGAGCAUUCUGAAGAGAGAACGCAUGCUAACUAAAGUUGUCAGAGAAAUUGAGAAGAAUCUUUAGAGUUACAAGGACUAUGAGGAAUGUCAAAGGAUUCUAUAGCAUUCAUAGCUUAUGGAAUAGCCAAAAGAACUGAUAGCUGUUCUUGGCAAGAUAUUUAGAGGGAUCGAUUUUUUCACCUAGAAUUUUGAAUACAAGAGAGCUGAUUUAUACCUCAGAAGAUUUAACACACUCAAGGAUAGUGCUCUUGAAAAGAUCAAUUUAAAAAUCUUAAAGGUAAUGAGGGACGCUAAUGCAGAGAACAAUCUGAGUGUAGUUCAGACAUAGAUAUUCGAGAAAGCAGUGAAGUUCGAAGACUUGGAUGUUAAAAAUGUUAUAUAUCAUGAGCCUAAAGUGCCGCCUCAUCUAUAGUAAAGUAAAUAUUAGUAAGACAUGUAGUAAGAGCAGCAGUUUACUUAAUUUGAGACCUUAAGAUUGUUUAUUACUAGUGUUGAGGAAAAAGGUAAUUUUAACUAUGAAUUCUGUGAAAGGAUUUAUGAAGAAUACUUCGAUCAUAGGCUCUAUCUCAUUGAGUAAUAUCUUGAAUGUAUUGCUAGGAUUAUGGAUGGCUUAGGAAUCUAAACUGUGUUUCAGUAUAUGGUCAAAUAUCUUGAAAAAUUCAUUGAAGUAUUUAAUCUAGAGUAAGUGUACUUCGAAAGAUAGUUCUCUAAGUCAGAACGCUUCUCUUAGUUUAGAAGUGAAAAUGAGUAUGAUUUAAUCAACAAAAAGCUGAAGCCAUAUAUCGUAUAUUCAGUGGAUGUAAUAAAUCUAUGUGAUGCCAUCGACUACUUAAGAGAGCCCUAUAUAUCUAACAAUGUGGCAGAUGACACUAUCAAAAGACUUUUCUCUGACUUAUAGGAAAGAUUACUCUUAAUUAGUCACUAUUCCUUGCAAGAGGUACUGGCUCAAGCUCAAAUUAAUCUUAGUUUGCCUUAAGUAGUGAACAAUCAAGAUCCAACAUAAUCAUUGAUAACUAAAGAAAACUUGCCAUUCUAGUUCAUAACCAAGCUUAUAGAGAUACUUUAAAAACUUUAAAAAAGAAUUAAUCCAGAUAUAUACAGAGGUCUGCUAUUAGAAGUAGUUUAAAGAGUAUAUAGCGAAAAACUAGAAAAUCUUCUUAGUUAUGAGAGUUCAGAUAGACCUCAUUUGAUAGAAGUUUUAUUGCUAGCUCAUGCUAAUAUAAUGUUUUCGAGAAAAGAUUUACUAAGUAAGGCGUAGUAGAAUAAAUCGAAAUCAUAAACAAAAGGCACAUCUGAUAAUAAUAGUACUACAGACUAGGAGGAUGCUGCAUAAGCAGAGGAAAUAGAUGAUGAAAUAGACCUAGUAAAAACCAAAGAGAAUCUCUGGCAGCUGCUUACUUUCUCAACUCAGCAAUAUGACUCCGUAUUUCAUUUUAUAGAUGAAUCUAUCCCAACUCUAAAGAAAAAGUAGCAGAAAGAUAUGCUUGAAUCGCUUUGGCAAAGACUGUUCAACAUCACUUAGAGGAUAUGUAAAGUCUUUAUUAAGGAGACUUUCCAGGAUAUAGAUACUUUCAUGGCAAAGCUAAAGGCUGAUAAUGGGCCAAAGAGUAUGAGUGAGUACGAAAAACAGCUGAUUUUCACAAUGAAGUAUGAUGGAGUUGAAGACUAGGCAGUUAUUGAUAAGUAUCAAUGGGCUAUCUACGAAAAUGUCAGAGAGAUGUAUGUUGAUAGCUUAUCAAGACUUGCUAUUUAGUACAAGCUAUUCAAGGAGAAACUGGCAAAGAUCUAGGAAUGCUUGAUGUUUAACGAGGAAGGGUUUUAGAUUUAUGAGCAGAUGAAAAGUGAUGUGAGAUUGAAGAGUCUGAAUCACAUCUAGAAAUUCUAUACCGUAAUUAGCAAGCACUACGAUAAGGGAAGAUACGAGUAGCUUAGAUUGAAGGAUUUAAAGGAACUCAAUUUGGAGAUAUUUGGCAUCAAUGACAGUGAGACACAAAUUGUGACAUGA